CCUGAGUUAAACAUCCUUAUUCGCUGAUCCUGUGCUCUCCGACUCUCGGCAUCCAUCAAGCCCCGGCUUGUGACACAAAGUGAGACUUUUAAAAGUUUCUUCGCAUAUCAAUUAAAGAAAGUGGAAAAGAUGACUUCUGUUCAGAAUUGCAAAAAUGAGUUUCCUAAGCUUCAAUCACUCGACAGGCUGUCCAAAAUACCAGUGAUUGAAACGGGUGUCCAAUACGCGAGUGGUGUAUAUUGGAAAAUAAAGAAUUCCAACGCUUUGAUGAGAUGGAGUUUGAACUCAGUCGAAGGCGGGCUACACUUGGCAGUCGAAAAAUCGCUUGUGGCUGUAUCCCUCUUUGAAUUCCCUUUGUUCAUUGUGGACAACAUAGUCUGCAAAAGUUUGGAUUCAGUUGAGCAGAGAGUACCAGCCAUAAAUUACCCUCCUGAAUUGCUGCUUAAUAUGACCAAGGAUAUGGUCUCAACUCGGAUUGUGCAGCCGGCAAUAACAAGAGUUGGCUCUGUCAAACAGUUCAGUGUAAACGAGACUGCAAAAUACACAGAGAUUGCUGCUUCCCGUUUAGACAAUGUUUUAAAUGUUGCUGAUAAAUACGUCGAUAAAUAUCUACCUGAUGCUACAGACUUAGAUGUUCAAGUUGACAGGAAUAGGAGUGACAGUAAAGCAAAUCAGGCUAUUAAGCAUGUCAAUCGGCUUUCUAGAAAACUUCAACGACGACUGACAAAACGAACAAUCGCUGAAGCCAAAGCUUUGAAGAACCAGGGUGUUAAUGUAGCUCAGACAUUAACUUACUUGCUUGAUUUGUUGCUCAAAGAUCCAAAGCAAUUUGUACAAAAAAUGAAAGCAGUCUGGGAGCAUUUGAGUGAAGAAGAACCGGAGAAUCAAAUUCCACCAGCGAAUUUGGAACAGUUGAUUGCGAUGUUGACUAGAGAGUUGGCAAGGAGAUUUGUACAUGUAACGAACUUCUCGGUUCAAACCUUAUCUAAACUCCCGGCCUACAGUGUAGAAGCGAUGAACUUCACCUACCACCACUUUUCUGUUUUACUCGAUCAAAUGUGCAAGACAGUCCAUAUUGAAGGAGCUAAAGCAAUGGCAGUUGCAACAGCACAAACUGAAAUAGAACAUCUUCAAAGUGUAAUAAGAGAGAUUUAUGUUUUACUAAGACACAUGGCUGAAAAUUUAGGAUCUCGCUUUCAAGUCCAUCGCCCAGACUUGAUAAAAUUACAACCUAUUAAGCCUCCACCUGUGGACAAUAAAAAUGAUAAUACUGUUAAUCACAAAGAAUCCAGCAAUGUAAGCCUAGAGCAAACCACAAAUAAAGGAACCAAUAAAAAAACCAGUGCCAAUAAUCCAAACCAUACUGAUGAAACUAAAAAUGAUAAAUGUAAAAAGGAAAAGAAACAUUCAAAUAAAGAAUCAGAUUUAGCAGAAAGUACACAAAAUUAACUUGGGUGUAAAACAAUGUUAUCAUUAAUAACUUGAGACUGAUAUCUUUCGAUGGUUUUUUUUGUUUUUUUGUUUUUUAAUAAAAAUGUUUAUAUUAUUACAAAACUAACCCUUUAAAUCAAAUUUAAGAAUUAGCCUGUAGUUGUAGAAUUAUAUAUGUUAAAAUAUGGUUUAGUUUAUAAUUGUAUUUUAUUAACGCACAAAAUACAUAAAGUUUUAAUUUUUA